AUGCUUAUAAUUGGGAUUGAUAGAAUGUUGGCUAUUUUCUUACCUAUUUGGUAUUCAACUCGAAGUGAGAAGCAUUACCUAAAAAUAAUUUAUCUUGUAUCAUUAUCGUUUCCUCUGAUCUUUUUGGGAUUCGUCUGCCGCUCUAUUAUUCAAGAUCCUUUCUUGCAAAUUCAAUGCUUUUUUGCGGAUUUGGUUGGUAUUGAUGGCCAGAGCUUUUUACAGACGGGACAACUUGUACUAAUUUGCUUGACCUUGCUUUGCUAUAUUUUAAUGUUUUUUAAAUUGUUAUAUGACCAGCUGAAAGGGAAAAGUAAUUAAAUAUUUCUUAAUAAUGUACAGCCGGAUCUUAUUAUAAGAGACCCACAAUAUAACACACCUACUUUUAGUUAAGAUAUUUUUUUAAUUUGAUCGGCUCCAUGAGCAUGGAAGGCAUCAUAAGAGUUCUCCUUUAUUUAAGAUUCACUCCAUGGUGAGCUACAAUUCUUAGUCCUAGGUAAAGGAUCUUGGGGGAUCUUCGGAGUGUGUGGAGUCUUGGGAAUGUAUAUGGGAGUCUUAUGGAGUUUUGGAUGAUUAUUACUCUUUAUGGGAAUUUUCUGAUAUCCAUCAACCUUAUUUCUGACUAUAUA